GUUCCUUCUUUUCUGUAGGAAGAAAUUUUUCUAUUCAGGGAAUCAGUCGACAAAAGCCUAUAGAUAAUGCUAGGUGAGUUCCGAUAAAGUACGAAGGACUCUAGAAAAUUCGGUUUCAAUAAUUGAGAAAACACAGGAAAACACUGUAGCUGUAGGAAUAUGUCAUCCGAAAAUCAGAAAAGGGUGAAUGAUCUUAAAUCUGAGGGAAAUAAGGCUUUAGAAUCUUCCAACUUUGAGGAGGCAAUAAAGAAGUAUACAGAGGCCAUAGCAUUAGAUCCUGAAAACCAUGUACUAUAUAGUAACAGAUCUGCAGCACUCACUAAAGCUGCACGAUACCUUGAAGCACUUGGGGAUGCUGACAAAACAAUAGAAAUAAAACCAGAUUGGGCAAAGGGUUUCUCCAGGAAAGGCACAGCCCUCUGUUAUUUGAACAGAUAUGAAGAAGCAGCUUCAGUAUUUAUGGAAGGAUUAAAGAUUGACCCUGAAAAUGCACAAUUAAAAAAUGGUUUGGAGGAUGCACAGAGUAAAUUGUCAGGACCAUCAGGUAGUCAGCCUUUAGGGAAUCCUUUUGCCGCUCCAGAUAUAAUGCAACGAUUAGAAGCCAAUCCAAAGACAAGAGAAUAUUUAAAACAGCCAGAUUACAAAAUGAUGAUACAAUUACUUCAACAGAAUCCCAAUAGUUUACAAAGCUUUCAAGAUCCUAGAAUUAUUCAGACAUUAGGUGUUUUACUUGGCUUUGAUUUAGAACAAAAACAAGCUGAUGCAAGUGAAGACAAAGAUACAGAAGCAAUGCCAGAACAAACUUCUAUGCCUUCUCAAAGAUCAAAUUCAAACUCCCAAAAUCAUUAUAAUUCUGUACCUGAUAACCAACCUAAUUCACAGGCUCAAGAAGAAAAACUGAAAGGAAAUGAAGCAUACAAAAAGAAAGACUUUGAAACAGCUAUUGUACAUUAUGAUAAAGCUAUAGAAUUAGAUCCCACAGACAUUACUUUUAGAAAUAACAAAGCCGCUGUAUAUUUUGAAAUGAAGGAAUAUGAUAAAUGUAUUGAAACAUCAGAGGAAGCUAUUAAUAUAGGAAGAGAAAACCGAGCAGAUUAUACAUUAAUUGCCAAGGCACUUGCUAGAGCAGGGAAAGCUUUUAUGAAAAAAGAAGACAAUGAAAGUGCAUUGAGAUACCUGAACAAAUCGUUAUCAGAACAUCGAAACCCAGAAAUACAAAAAAUAGUCCAAGUGCUGGAUAAAAAGAUAAAAGAAGAUGAAAGACUGAAGUAUAUAGAUCCUGAAAAAUCAUUAGAAGCCAAAACUUUAGGAAAUGACUAUUUCAAGAAAGGUGACUAUCCAACAGCUAAGAAACAUUAUGAUGAAGCAAUAAAGAGAAACCCAGACGAUGCUAAACUCUACAGCAACAGAGCAGCAUGCUAUACAAAAUUACUGGAAUUUAAUCUGGCUCUCAAAGAUGCAGAUAAAUGUAUAGAAUUAGAUCCCAAAUUUAUUAAAGGUUAUUUGAGAAAAGGAAGUAUAUUUUAUGCCAUGAAAGAACCAUCAAAGGCUGCUCAGUCAUACCUGAAAGCAUUAGACCUUGAUCCAAACUGUGAGGAAGCAAAUCAAGGAUACAGAGAUUCAAGGAUGGCAGAAGGAAAUGACCCUGAGGCUGUACGUAAGAGAGCCAUGGCUGACCCAGAAGUAACACAAAUCCUCAAGGAUCCAGCCAUGCAGUUAAUUCUUCAGCAAAUGGAAAAAGAUCCAAAGGCCGUCAGAGAACAUUUACAAAACCCAGAAGUUGCAGCUAAAAUAGAAAAGUUAAUGGAAUGUGGAAUUAUUGCUCUUCGUUGACCUAUGUAGUUAUUUCAGUGAAAUCAAACAUGUUUCCAUUAUACAAGCUUGCAUAAACAAUCACAUCAGUGCUAUAAAGUAUUUCUUAUCGGGAACAAUCAUUUUACUUCAUUCAAUUGUUUGUUACUGUAUGAGCCUCUAUUUUCAUUUCUAAAUUAUAAGUUCAAGAGUUUUCUCCGAUCAUAUAUUGUAUGUCUGUUGUGCAAUUAAAAAAAGUUGUUUGUCAUUAUAUUGUCAUCAUACAUAUGUAUAUAUUGUCUCAGGAAUAGAUUUUACUUAUUUUCAUUACAAUGACUGAGAAGAGUCGAAAUAUUAUUUUACUGGUCUAAGAAAAUAAAACUUCAUAAGAAGAUGGGAAACGUGAAUUCAGUCAGACUACUAUUAUACUUUUUUUUUUGUUUAAAGACAAGCACAUCCAUGUUUUCUAGUAACAUUAGUGCAGGAAUCUUCAAAUGAAUUGUUAUAGGUUGAGUUAAAAAAAAAAUAUCUAUGUGACAGCUUUUGUAAAUGUAAAAUUCAUUUUUUUCUGUAAGAUUAGUUCAUGAUUGUUUUAAGAAUGAUUAACAAAAUGAUUGAAUUGACUAUAUUGUCUAGAAUAUAAUGAGGAAUUUAUAAUAAAAAUGCUGUUUCUGUUA